UUCUCCCUUAUCUCUCCCUCUCGCUGACCAUUCCCCACUCCUGCUCUCUGCUUCCCUCUCACAUCCCUCUCUCCACCCUCUCCCGCACUUCCCGCUGCUUCACAGACUCAGCCCCACAGUUCCCCUUCCCACCUUCUCCCUCCCCUUCCUUUUCUCCCCCUCCCAUUUUCUCCGACGUGUCCGUCUCUGCAUCUCCCGGCGAUGCCUCGCUCACUCGCCGCCUCCCUCCGUUCCCUCUCCCUCUACCUCUCCCUUCUCCUCUGCCUCCCGCUGCCCCCGCUGCCGGGCGCCCAGCCGUCCGGCACCCCCGACCCGCUGCUCCAGCUGCCCUACGACCAGCUGUGGGCGGACGGCCUGCAGAGUUACGAGGCGGGCCGCUGGGGUGAGGCGGCGCGGCUGAUAGAGCGCUCGCUGCUCGGCCGCUCGGCGCUGCAGCGGCUGCGGGCCGCCUGCUCGGGGCAGUGCGCUCCGGACCUUCUCGGGGAGACCCUCCGGGACGCAGAGAUCCCAGAGCCGUCCCCGGACCCCACCGGCGACCCCCGCCCCCCAGAGCUCCGGGACCCCCUCGGCCCGCCCGGGGACCUCCCCCCGUCCAGUCAGCCCCGCGAUGGGGCCGCCCCGUCUGGGGACCCGUCACCCCAGGCCGGCGAGGCACGGGAGCCCCUCGGCGCCCUCGCCAGCCUGUCGCAGUUGGACUUCUUCGGGCGCCAGCUCCGCCGCGCUGCCUGCCUCCGCCGCUGCCUGACGACCGGGCUGGGCCGGGGGGACGGAUCCCGCCACCGGGUCACGGCCGAGGUCAGCGCCGCUUUUCGCCGCCGCGUCCCUUACAACUACCUCCAGAUCUGUUACUACAAGACGGGGCAGCUGGACAAGGCGGCCGCCGCGGCCCAGACGUUCCUGGAGGCCAAUCCGGACCACGAGGAGAUGCUGGAGAACAUGGAGAUGUACCAGAGGAUGGAGGGAGUCACGGCCGAGGACUUCAGGGACAUGGAGCCUCAGGAGCACUGGGAGUGCUACAAGAGGGGGAGUGCCCUGUACGAGGGGGGCCGGUUUGCAGAGAGCGCGGUGGAGCUGGAAGCUGCGGUGGGACACUACCUAUCAGCCCUGGACCACUGUCGGGCCCAGUGCGAGGGGCCAAUCCACCUCCAGGAUCGCAGCUCCCUCGGGUAUCCCCCUCACCUGCACGAGGCCGUCACAGAUCACUUUGUGCAAGUCCUCAAGUGUCGCCAGGAAUGCGUGAGGGAGCUGGGUGCCCAGCGGGGGCCCCCCCGAGACCUGCUCCCCUCCGCCCUCGACCUGCUGCGGUAUGCCUACCACCGAGUGGGUGACUACGACCAGGCUGUGCGGUGUUCCCGGGCCUUCCUGCUGUUCCGGCCCGCAGACCCGACUGUGCGGCAGGACCUGGACUUCUACCGUUCCCGGCUGGGCACCGAGCGGGCCGACCAGCUGGGGCCUCACGAGGAGGUGAGGGCGCACGUGGAGCAGUCACUGCUGGAGAAGCAGCUGUUGUACCGGGCCGUGGAGGAGCUAGGAGCCACCUUCCAGGACCCGGAUUCCUGGACCCCUCCAGAGCUCGUUCCCGAGUCGGUGAAGGCCAAGCACAGAGCCGCGGCCAAAGACACCCAGACGUCUGCCCCUCGGAAUGCAACGACCAGGCAGAAGCUGGAGCCCAGACGGGGGCUGGACAUCCUGAAAGCCUCCUUGCCUCCCUUCGCCUCGCUCUCGCUGGUGAUGGAGGGUGGGGAGCCGGACGGUGACCGGCGAGCGCUGAUAGAUGGGGUCCUGAGCCACGCGGACUGCGUACGUCUCCGGCGCCUGGCCAACGCUGCGGAGGCGCUGACGGAGACACCGGGAGACAAGCCUGUGAGCCGAGGUCUGGCAGUCCUGGAGGCGAUGAAGCUGUCCAGGGAGAAGAAGGUUGACCAGGAGGAGGCUCGCCUCUACCUGCAGGUGACGGAGAGAGUUGGCUUGAUCCUCGACCACUACUUCCAGCCCAGCAGCUCCCUCUACCUCUCCUUCUCCCACCUGGCCUGCCGCUCGUCUUCCCAAGGUAGCCAGACAGAGGUCCCGCCUCCGUCCCGGGAUUGCCUGGAGGACCCCGAGAGCAGCGGCUGCAGCAGCCGGGGCGCGGCGGAGGGAGCUCGCAACUUCAGCGUUCACCUCUACCUGAAUGAGGAGUUCGAAGGAGGGGAGUUCUUCUUGAUAGACCCCAAGACCCAGAGUAUCACGGCUGAGAUAUCCCCGAGAUGUGGGCGCCUGUUGACGUUCCGGUGGGGAGACCGGACGUCCCAUCGGGUGUCUGAGGUCAGGCAGGGUCAGCGCUGCGUCCUCUCGCUCUGGUUCAGCCUCGACCGGAAGCAUCGCAUCAAGAAGCUGGACCGGGCUCAGGCCGAGACCCUCCCUGUGAAAGCCACCAGGGCCCGGGGAUCAGACGGCCCCGAGGCCAAGUCUUUGAGAGGCGAGACCCAGCGGCGUGGGCGGGCUGCAGGGGCGCCCAGCGGGAGGCGGGCGUCUCGGAGGGACGAGCUUUGAGGGAGGGUGGGUAAUGGUGAAGAUGGGUGAGGUGUCUGCAGGGAAGUGGGGGAGUGG